AUGAAGGUGCGUGAGCCAACCGCCACGUUCUCAGGGCAGCGCCACGAGGCGGGAGGCCGGGGCAGCCCGUGCUCAGCUGCUGCCAGGAGCACCGCGGGACGGUUUUCAUCCGAGGCCGUCGAGGGCGCGCCUCACAAUAAAGCUGUGUUUCACGAGCCCAUCGGCCGGUUCUGGGCUUCGCGCGCUCCUCGUUUCCUGCAGAGCUCGGGGCCGGCUCUCUCCCCGCCGCAGCGCUGCCUCCUCCGUGAGCGCCCGCGCUCUCCUGGCACGCGAGGCCAGGGGAGAUGCGGCGAGGCGCGGGGCGCGCUUCCAGCCGCUCCUCCGCCGGGAGACAGCCAGCGGCACGCUCCCCUCGCCUUCCUCGAGCGGCCCGAGCGCCGCCAUGCAGCGAGGCCGGGUGAGGAGGGGCGGCGGGCGGGGGGUCGCGCGGACGGGAGAGCGGGUCGGCGCGGGGCGCGGGGGGCGGCGGGCGGCGGCCCCGCUGACGGCUGCCCGUUGCAGGUGCUGACGGCGCUGCUGUGCGCGGCGCUGCUCCCGCUCCGCUCGGACGCCGCCAAAGCGCCCAAACGCCCGGCCCGGCCCCGGAGCUGCGGCGAGCGGCCCGAGGAGCUGCUGGAGCAGCUGUACGGGCGGCUGGCGGCCGGCAUGCUCGGCGCCUUCCACCACACCCUGCAGCCCGAGCCGCCCGGCCGCCAGCACAACGCCAGCUGCCCCGCGGGCGCCCGGCCGGGCGGCGACAAGAGGUUCCGGCUGCCCGUCAACCUGCGCAGCGCCUCGCCCUGGGCCUACAGAAUUUCAUAUGACCCCACAAGAUACCCUAAAUACAUUCCCGAAGCAUACUGUCUGUGCAAGGGCUGCCUGAUGGGGAUCUUUGGCGAGGAGAAUUUUCACUUCCGCAGCACCCCCGUGUACAUGCCCACCGUCAUCCUCCGCCGCACCUCCUCCUGCGCUGGGGGCCGCUAUGUGUACACAGAAGACUACGUCACCAUCCCAGUGGGCUGCACUUGUGUGCCUGAGCAAGACAAGGAGGCCGAAAGCGUAAAUUCCAGCAUAGACAAGCAAGAAAUGAAGUUGCUGGUAAACCAGAACAAGCCGUCGUCGGAAUGAAGAAUAUAGGAAGAGUCGUCUGUACGGUAUUGGCUUCACAUCAUUAUUUCACCACCUCAGCAAACUGCGCGCAGCAGAGAAACGCAUCAGAUUAUGCUGUUUCUCUGCUUACAGUUAUUUCAGUUAUAAGAUGGAAAAUUCUGUUCAGUUGCUCAGAUCAUUAGCGAUGACAAUUCAUAUUAAGAACUUCUGUAGCUCAUGUGAGUAUUUCUUGCAAAUUCCAGUAUAGCUUUUUUUCCUUUCCUUAGCACGGAACAUUUUAUCCAUACUUAUUCACAGUAUAUUUUAGAAGAUGAUGCAAUAGUCAGAAAUGCUAGCUAUUGCUAUAGCAGACUGCUGGUUGUAGGUAUUAUUCAGGAAUCACUUAUACUCUACUUUUAAAUACUUUUAUACAAAGAUCAUAGUUUUUAUAUAAAGAUCAUAGUUUUUGUCCAGAUGCCAAAACAUCAGUUAAAAAUACAGUUUUUCAGGGUGGGAAAGCCUUCCCUUAUACUGCCUAUCAACCCAUAGCAGCAUUCUUUGCUGUUAUGUCUUUGUUUAUACAGCACAGCAUGGGAACUUUCAUUGAGCUGGAGUCAUUCAUGAAACAGCAUUCUGUGAGUUAGCUAUUUUUAAACUCACCAAAUUGCUAAGGGUACAAAAGUGUUGAGAAAAAAAAACAUGCUAGAACGUGAUGAAAGUGCAGUGGACUUCCCCAUUGUGGACUACAGCUAAUUGAACAGAAAAUAUCCAUUAGACUAAAUAGAGUUUGCAUCCCAAGAAUUCUGUGUUGGAUUUCAUUCACUGUUAACUUUUUAACAGUUUCUUGAGAUAAAACUGUUCUGUGAAGUUGAAAGGCCAAAAUGUUUUUCUUGUCACUGAGACAAAUCACAGCCAAGCCAAACUGGUUAAAUACAACUAAUUUAUACAAUUAGUUCUGCUCGGUUUUCCCAUGUUACAAGCAGCAGACAGUCGCCUGUGAAAACUUGUAGAAAAGCAUUCAGCCUUUCAUCUUGCAGCUUACAGGAACCUGGGGGCAAGACCCAACUACAAACUAUCAAUAAGCAAAAACUUGCAGUUCCACAAUGAGGGACCAAAGAUUGACUUAGUCUAGAGAAUGACAGUAAGGACUAACUGGGUAGUUUGCAUGACCACAACGUGUAGAAAGGUCACAGUCACCAAAGUGUGAGAUAAAUCUGAAAAUGAACAGCAGAGAGUAUCUUUUACAGUUGAAUGAUUGUGACUACAAUAUUGUUGUAAAAUAGAAUAAAUACAGUAUGUGUCGAGGCAUUUGCUACAUCAAGAAUCUUAAAAUUGGGCUUGGUUCAUAGAGGAGAAAGUCUCAAUCCUACACAAAAACAUACCUUUGGAGUGUCAUUGGAUGAAGAAUGGAAAGUCUAUAAGCUAAACAGAAUUAACAAGUUAAAUAGAGAAUUAAAAUCACCUAACUCCUUGUCUUGAAGCAUAGUCAUUGAUUGUGCUCUUUAUGGCUCUGUAUGGCAUAAUGAUAUUUUUGUAGUGCAGUCUGUCUAACUAAGAAGCCUAAAAGAACUUCAAGAAUUCUGGGAACCAAUAAAAGAAAGAUUCCCAUCACAAUGUCAGAUUGAAGUAUGUAACUGUUUCUUGAAGAUGUGUUUUUUAUUAUUAUACCUUAGCUUCUGUCUCCUCAGAGUGGGAUACUUGUAUCACAAGGAGAUUCUCAAAGGAAGGUUCAAAAGAGGCCACAGAGUGUUCAGAACAGCUAAUUGCCUCGCUGCCGCCAGCAAUUAAAGGUGGUUACCUGUUCUCCAGAGAAUAUAAAUACUUGAAGCUGAUAGAGCCAUUUUUCAUUCCUCCUAAUGUGGAAGAACUUCUCAUCCCUGGAGAAAAGGGAAGUGCUAAUCAAAGACAGAGGGUUUCAAAAGGAAGCAGACCUGCAAAGAUAAAUAUGCAUUAGAUGAUACUUCAGCAGUUCCUUAAAGGUUUCACUGUUUAACAUAGUUUUUUUUUCCUGCACGCACACAUUUCAGGAAGGAUGAAAUUGGACCUUCAGACUCCAUGAAUAAUUUGAAUUCAAUUUGAAUAAACAAAUUAUUCAUUGCAAAAGAUAAUAAAAGUAGCUCACAACAACAACAACAAAAUAAACAAAGUUCCUUCUAAAAACUGUCCUCCAGAAAAUCAGUGUGACUGACCACAUCCUUCUGAUUCACAGAUCCAUGUUUACAACAAAUGUGUUAACCAGCAUCUGUGGAUUUAUUUACGUGACAUAGAGAGAAAAAAAGUUCUCAUUCUGUUGUAACUGUCCUGCAGCCAUAAUUUUACGGUGUCAGUUUGAGUUUCUUCAAGUAACUGGAAUAUGUUCUGGGAAUUUGUGGGAAUCACAGGCUAACACCAGGUAAAUGGAACACAAGUGGUUUUGUCAAUCCAGAAGAACAGAUGCUUCAGCUUACAUAAAGCUUCAGGAAUUGGAUGACUGAAAGGAAAGUAUUAGAGAACUGCAGAACCUCAGUGGAUCAAUAGAUUAUGUAUAUUGGCGACCUUCUGUUCAGACUGCAACAAGUGCAGAAAGCUUCCUAUGGUCACAGGCAACCUCAUGCUAUUCUCUUUUCCCUUUUUUUAAUCUUCUUUCUCUUCUAUGACAAGCUUUCUAGCUGAGCCAGUUUGCUUUCUGAUCCAGCUUUCCAGUUAGGUGUCUCUUGAAAGUGGUGUUUAUGUUUCAGUGUGAGCAACUGCUAAUAAUUUGUUAUUGAAAAACUGUUUCCUAAUAUUUAACAUCAAAAACUAUUAGCUGUGCAAACAUUUAUUAACCAUCAUACCCUUCCAUUUAUAAGCCCUCUCCACAUUACUCAUGUGGAAAAGUUUGAGUAUUAAAUGUAGUUUGCAUUUGUUUGGAUUUUUUUUCCUUUUCUUUAAGAUUUCAUCACAUUGUGGAUUUAUAUCAGAUGGACUUCAGCUGUGGUGUGACAUUUUCCAGCUUUUAGCCCUCUGGUUACAGCCUUGCCUUUAAUUUGCACGGGGGGAGGGAAGUCCAUUGGAGUUGCUUCGAGGUUUACAAACUAUUGACAGAAGGCAGACACAGAAUGCCUCAUUGGACCAACUCCAGGCCCAAUAAAUGCAAACAAUUCAAAGCUGAAACUAUCUGGCAGCUGUGGCUGAUUUGAGAAAAUUUUUGUUGUGCCAGGAAAAUCUUCUCCUGCAAGGAGGUUGUCCCUGGAAUGCAUUAGGAGCCACAAAACAUGGAACAAUAUCCUUGGUAAAGGAAUUGUUUUCUUCUCCGUAGUAUCACUUAAGAUAUAUUGGAAAAUUUGUAUCAUGCAGGAAAGCUGAGAAAAUCCUGCGAUGCUUGCUUUGGUUUACUGGCCUAUCAUUCCAAGAAGCUGUUUGCAUAACCGGGCAGUGGCCUGCAGCUGCAAAUAAGCACAAGAUUGCCAGCAGUAAUGGGAAGAGGGAAGAAGGCGAUUACAUGCUCUCAGAACGUAUAACUGCCUGUUAAUUUCUCUGGGAUUAAGGAGCAGCCGUAGCUAUAGGAAGGAGAUCAGCACGUAUUGCUGCUGAGUGGUGUGAGCUACCACUUGUUUCUGCAGCACUUCCUUUCAAGGAAUCUGCAAAAUAUGAGGAGAAAUGGAGCAGCAGCAUCAGUGGGUGCUUCCCACUUGGAUUGAGGGGCGACGGCACGAAGCCUGGCUGGCUGUGUGAUGCUGAGUUGAGCACAACACUUUUAAUGCCAAUUAGAGCUUAAUGAAAACCUCAUCUGUCAUGUGAUACAGUGCAGGUAGCCAUGGUACCUACCUCUUCAUGUGCCUGUGCACAAUGCUAGGUUUCCUCUGCC